AUGAAGUCAAUCAAGAUUCCGUGUCCUAAUCCGAAUUGCCGAAGUGUCUUUGCGUGGAAAAAGAAUUUGAUAAGUCACCUUCGUUACCAAUGUGGCCAGCAGCCCAGGUUCAAAUGUCCCUACUGCGAUUACUUGUGCAAAAUCAAGACCGAUGUACGAUAUCCCUGGUAUUCUUACUGUCCGUGGAACGUAAGACCCUAUCAGUGUUUGAACUGUCCCAACAAUUACGCAAAGAAGUCUCACCUGAAACGGCAUGUGAUGAGCGCCUGCAACGGCAAGGAGCCACGUUACAGAUGUCCUUACUGCAUGUACAUAUCGCGAUAUCCUUCUGAUACUUACAAGCACGUGAAACGCUUGCACGAGAAUCAGGAUGUUUACGCUAUCGAUGUAUUAGGCACGACUAAUUAUUAUUCGAAGAGUACUGUCACGCAGGAUAAUAAGAUCUUACAGUCCAAAUUAGAUGAAUGGUCACAAAAUAUCCCAUCAUUAACAUGA